GGCGCGGGCGCAGUUCGCUCGAGAACCGCGCCACACGACCAGUCUCUAAACAACCUUAAGCUUUACAACACGUUAUUGCGUUUGUUAAACCGCGGUUUUUUGCACGAAAUCGAUUAAUGAUACAUUUUUAGUGAGUGUUAAGUGAUUUAAGUGUGUUGAUUGGUGGAUAUAGUUCGUUUGAAUUGUAUAAAAACCUUUUUGAUGGAAUGGUGAUUGAAAACAAACUGGAAGGGUGCCGAAGCUUCUUGAUCCCAGUGACUCCUAAUGUACGGUGAUCGGGUGAUGCGGGUAGGAUGCGCGAGGAGGAGCUGGAGGUGGCGCUCAAGGUGGUGAUUGUGGGCGACGGCGGCGUCGGCAAAUCCAGCAUGAUCCAGCGCUACUGCCGCGGCACCUUCACCAGGGACUACAAGAAAACCAUCGGCGUCGACUUUUUGGAGAGACAGAUUGAGAUAGAUGGCGAGGAAGUGCGGCUGAUGCUGUGGGACACGGCGGGGCAGGAGGAGUUCGAUGCCAUCACCAAGGCGUAUUACAGAGGCGCGCAUGCGUGUGUCCUUGCCUUUUCCACUACUGACAGGGACUCAUUCCUCGCUCUCCACUCGUGGAAGUUGAAGGUGGAGAAUGAAUGCGGGGAGAUACCGACAAUAAUAGUUCAAAAUAAAAUAGAUUUGAUGGACCAAUGCGUUGUUGGACCAGACGAAGCUGAGCUGGUGGCGCGAGCCCUCGGCUGUAGGCUGAUGCGGGCGUCGGUAAAGGAGGACGUGAACGUAAGCGCCGUGUUCAGGGCGCUGGCGACGCGGUGUCUCGCGGACAUGCGCCGGGAGGACUCGGGGGAGAACGGCAUGCUUCCCUGCGUCACUCCUGUUAUAGGUACUUUCACGAACCAUAACAGCAAUGGUACAAUAUUGCUUAGGCCGACAAAACACCGCUCGGCCGGCAAAAAGAAAAAUGUUCUGAAGAACGCCUGCAGGAUACUGUGAUCCACGAAUGUACUAUUACAUAUACGUUUAUAAAUAUAUUAACAAUAUAUCAUAUUGUUUAAAUACUGUAUAAUUUUAUGCUGAUACUGGACUAUUUUGAAGCAUAAAUCAUUAAACAAUGAACAAAA